AUGAACGUCCUCAAGCUUCAAAGGAAGUUCCAACAGUUUGAUCAGGGCGAAAUCUUUACUCUUCAAGAUGCCUUUCGAAAGUUAGAUGUUGAUGACAAAGGCUACUUGGAUGAAGCGACCGUGAUCAAAGCUACUCAACAAGCAGAGCGCCAGCCAUAUGACAUCGUACGGCAGGCGCUAAAGGAGGUUGAACUGGAUAGCUCUCGCCGGGUAGAAUUUGAAGACUACGUGGAUCUUAUCUCCAAGCUGCGCUCUACUCCCGGACAAAGCGGGUCUGCCAGCACUGCAGGUACCGCCGCGGUAGUACCCGGUAAUGGGGCUGGCUCAUCUCGCCAUGUCUCUAAAGGCAGUAUAGGGGGAAGAAUUCAUGUCCAAGGUUCAUCGGCAAAUGUAACUCAUACUAUUAAUGAGGAUGAAAGGACCGAGUUCACGAGACACAUCAAUGCCGUUCUUGCUGGCGACCCGGACAUUGGUCACUUCCUGCCGUUCGCCACCGAUACAUUUGAGAUGUUCGAUAAAUGUAAAGACGGCUUGGUUCUAGCAAAACUGAUCAAUGACAGUGUUCCAGAUACGAUCGACGAGCGUGUCUUGAACAAGCCAGGAAAGAAAAUCAAGGAAUUGAACGCAUUCCACAUGUCCGAGAAUAACAAUAUAGUGAUUAACUCGGCUAAGGGUAUUGGUUGCUCAGUUGUGAAUAUUGGAAGUGGUGAUAUCAUAGAAGUGCGCGAACAUCUCAUCCUUGGCCUAAUCUGGCAGAUCAUUCGCCGGGGUCUUUUGGGCAAAAUUGAUAUCAAGCUCCACCCUGAGCUUUAUAGACUUCUUGAAGAAGAUGAAACCUUGGAGCAAUUUUUACGUCUGCCUCCUGAACAGAUAUUGCUGCGUUGGUUUAAUUAUCAUCUGAGAAACGCAAAAUGGAACAGACAGGUGACAAACUUUUCAACUGAUGUGAAAGAUGGUGAAAAUUAUACAGUUCUUCUCAGCCAACUGGCACCUGAUAUUUGUUCACGAGGUCCCUUGCAAACACAGGACUUGCUUCAGCGUGCUGAGCUAGUUCUAGCUAAUGCCGACAAACUGGGCUGUCGAAAGUUUUUGACCCCAACCUCACUCGUUGCUGGAAACCCUAAACUUAACCUUGCUUUUGUAGCCAAUUUGUUUAACACGAUUCCAGGUCUCGACCCUAUCACUGAAGAAGAGAAGCUCGAAGUCGAAGACUUCGAUGCUGAGGGUGAACGUGAGGCUAGAGUCUUUACGCUAUGGUUAAAUUCACUGGAUGUCCAACCAGCUGUUAACUCUCUCUUUGAUGAUCUUCGAGAUGGCACUAUUCUCCUCCAGGCCUAUGAUAAAGUAAUUCCUGGAAGUGUUAAUUGGAGGCAUGUCAACAGACCACCAGCAUCUGGUGGUGAAAUGAUGCGUUUCAAAGCGGUAGAGAAUACCAAUUAUGCCACCGAGCUUGGAAAGAAUAUCGGCUUUUCUCUUGUUGGUGUUCAGGGGGCUGAUAUCACCGAUGGACAGCGUACCCUUACACUGGGAUUAGUCUGGCAACUAAUGCGGAAAGAUAUCACAAAUACGCUGUCGAGCUUGGCGCAGCGGAUGGGUAAACUUGAGAUUACGGACUCGGAGAUGAUUCGGUGGGCAAAUGACAUGUCCCGCAAAGGCGGCAGGACUUCGUCGAUACGCAGUUUCAAGGACCAGUCGAUCGGAUCGGGAAUCUUCCUACUUGACGUGCUUAACGGCAUGAAGAGUAGCUACGUGGACUAUGAAAUUGUAACUCCAGGCCGCAGUGACGAAGAAGCAUACUCAAAUGCCAAGUUGAGCAUCAGUAUAGCAAGAAAGCUAGGUGCAACGAUCUGGUUGGUCCCUGAAGAUAUUUGCCAGGUCCGCUCCCGCUUAGUGACUACAUUCAUUGGCUCCCUUAUGGCUACAUAUGAGAAGAUGCAAUGA